AUGAGGUGUAUGAUAGCGCGAGAUGGAGUGCUUGUCUUGGGUGCUCUAAGCCUGCUAAGCCAGUGCGCGGGCGGCGUUUCGAAUGGCUUCAGGGAGCUCAGGCUCUCGUCUCGGCAGGCAGCAGGGGUUGACAAACCUGCACCGGGGCAUUGGACGGCCAUCGGCGACUCAUAUUCGGCUGGACCCGGAGCGGGCGUAGCGUACGACGACGCCGAAUUUGGCAACAGCAAGUGCUUCCGGUCCAAUGGUUCGGCUGUAGCUCAGUUGGAUGCACAACAUAACGUCAUGCUUGGCAAUUUCCAGUUCCUCUCAUGUACCGGCCACAAGGCCAAGGAAAUGGUGAAGUACCAGAUACCACUGAUUGAUUAUGGAGAGCAGGACAGCAACAUGUGGCUAUCCUUGUCCAUCGGCGGCAAUGACCUUGGUUUUGCUGAUUAUGCUCAAAGCUGUCUCUUGGGGCUUGGGUCAUGCACCAAGGCACUGAAGAAUGCCGAGAACCUCAUCCAUGACCUGGAUGGGAAACAAACAUUUCGCAGGUUGCUAUGGCACGCUUGGUCUCGGAUCUACGACGACAAUCACUUCAAGAAUGUCCCAGCGGGGCAAUCGAAAUUUGUGCCCAACACACUCCACACCCUGUACCCAGCCUUCUUCAAUGCAGAGACGGAUGGCUGCGACAACAUAAACAUUGGCGGCCCCUGGCUGUUUUUUACGAAAAGAUUGACCAAGACACUGCGCAGACAAACAAACAGACUGGUCCGCGAUGCCAACAAUGCCAUACGAGCCCAUGCUAGGGCCUUCGUCAACUCGGAAGAAGGGAUGCAUUACCGAGGCUAUCUACAUAUUGUUGAUUACGACAACACGUUCGAGGGACACCGCCUGUGUGAGAAGUUUACUGGCAACAAGCCGGGGUUUGACAACCCGAACGUAUGGUUCUUAGGCAUUAGAUCUGAUGGAUUUGUGCAGGAGUCGGAUCUGUCUGUCCAAGAGAAUCCGGUGACCUGCAAUCCCGACGCCGAUGACGCCGUCGAGGCCUGGAGAUGUGUGAAGGCUCUAGUGGAUGCUGCCGGGGACGAUCCAGACGCUGUCGGCGAGUGGAAUUGGCCUCUUUGGCUCACCAAGGCUUUCCACCCCAAAACCGCCGGCUUCCAAGAGGUUAUGAACCUGCAUUUGAGUCACUGGGUUGCGAACCUCCCGCAAUUGCGUGUGCUGGCGCUGGGCGACUCCAUCACCAACGGCUUUCGAAGCACCGAUAACGCCGGAUACCGCAGCAGGUUCUACGAGCUCGCCACCACCAGCUACGGCCAACAGGUCGACAUGAUCGGGUCCGUCCGCUCGGGUGACGUUGGCGAUGCAGACCACGAGGGUCACAACGGCGCCACCAUCGACCAGAUCUCCAGCUACGCAGACCAGAAUCUCGGGCAACGACCCAACGUUGUCCUGCUGCACGCGGGAACCAACGACAUGGGCAGCGAUGCCGACGCGCAGGGAGCCGUGGAUCGUCUCGUUGCCCUGGUGGACAAGAUCAUUUCCAAGUGCCCCGACGCCACGGUGCUCGUCGCGCGCAUCACACCCGCGGACGACGCAGCCAGGCAGAACCGGACCAACGUCUAUAACAACGGCAUCGAGGCCGCGAUGAGCAGCCGUGCCGACGCCGGCGCAAAGGUUCAAAUCAUGUACAUGGACCUGAUGGUGACCAAGAAGACCCUGGCCGACGGGCUGCACCCCAACGACAUUGGCUACUUCGCCAUGGCUGAGCACUGGUGGGGCGGCGUUCUUCAGGCCUACAAUGACGGCUGGCUCAAGGACCCCGUCGAUGGGGAUGGGCCCGGGCCGGUAAGAGAGAUAGCACCGUCUUUGCCGAUAUCAAUGGCGACGGAAGAGCCGACUACAUAG